AUGGAGGCCUCCUGCUUCGUCACCGCCAAGUCUUUCUGCAAGCCCCUCGACGUGGUCUCCCCGGCGAGGGCGGCGGCGCUCGUCUCCGGCAGCCUCCGCCAGCCCACUAGUUCCUCCUCCUCACCGGUCCCGCGUGAGUUUUGCAGAGAGCUCUGGUCCUCAAUGGUGGUUCGAUUCUGAGCCGGAGGAGUUUCUGCUUGCCGUGGCAGGUUGCAGCCUCAGAUCGUCCUCGCCGCCGGGAGAGGAACGUGGGCCGGCGGCGCUUGAUUCCGAUUGGCGGUCCUUCCGCGCGAAGCUGGUCGCCGGCGAGCGCACCACGGCAGCUGCGGCGACGGCGGCGCCUUUCGAUCCGAUCCUCGGCGUGGCGGAGUCCCCGCUGGGGGACCGGUGGGCGCACCCGCUCCACGAACCGGAGAGGGGCUGCCUGCUGGUGGCCACCGAGCGGCUGGACGGCGUGCACAUCUUCGAGCGCACCGUCGUGCUGAUCCUCUCCACCGGGCCCGUCGGCCCCACGGGGAUCAUCCUCAACCGACCGUCGCUCAUGUCCAUCAAGGAGACGAGGUCGGUGGCGCUGGACCACGCCGGCGUCUUCUCCGACCGGCCGCUCUUCUUCGGUGGCCCGCUCGAGGAAGGGCUCUUCCUGGUGAGCGGACCCAAAGAGGGGAGGAGCAGCGGUGUCUUCGAGGAGGUGAUGGAGGGGCUCUACUUCGGCACCAAGGAGAGCGUCGGCUGCGCCGCCGAGAUGGUGAAGAGGGACGCCGUCGCGGCGGGGGACUUCCGGUUCUUCGACGGUCGCUGCGGAUGGGAGGGGCAGCAGCUCAGGGAGGAGAUCAGAGCGGGGUACUGGGCGGCGGUCGCCUGCAGCCCCAGCGUCGUCCUUGCCAUGGACAGCGCCCGCCACUGGGAGGAGAUCGUUGGCCUCGUCUGGGGCAGGAAGGUCCGCUGA